AUGGGUCGUAAGCAGAAACAGCUGUCGAUCCUCGAGUUCUCUUUCCAGCAGGAGAGGAUCCAGUCACAUAUCGACUUGACCCAUGAAGAUCCAGAACCUUUUCCAGAACUAGAGGUUGCCUCAGAACCCAUCCCAUGUCCAGUAUGCGCCAUAAGCAUGGAGCCUUGGGACAUGGAUUUCAGGAUAAAACACGUGGAAGAGUGUCUUACGUUGGGGAGUGUGGGAGAAGAUGUGUUUGUGAAGACGGAACGCGUUGAAUUUGGGCCGCUGGAGGAAGUUAAGGUGGAACUUACACGGCUGCAAAAUGGCCUGGUGAAGGUGGAAAAUGGCGUGAAGAGUGAAAGCCAACCUGCUCUUUCUCGAACACCGUCACAGACAAAGAAGAGGAAGGCGUCGCUUUCGGCUGUUCAGAAAGAUAGACUACGGUAUGUUAACUCGAAGGAGGAGGCACCUAAGAGGCAACGGCUGAGGAUGGAUAUAGACGAGUCACCUACUGAGCUACUACCGUCUUCGAGAAAGACACCUAUUCCAGAGCUUAAAAUUUUGACUUUUUAUCCACAGCAAGAUGAAAAGUACCAAAUCUCUGUGGAUGCAUUCAAUUUCAAGCCGCAUGAGUCGAUUACUCAAUACUUCUUAUCGCAUUUCCACUCGGACCAUUAUGGAGGUAUCACCAAACGGUGGCCUCGUGAAAGAACGCUAGGUUCGAAGAUUAUUUAUUGUUCUACUAUCACAGGCAAGCUAUUGACCAUCAGGUUUAAUAUCGAUCCGGCUUUCAUCUACUUGAUGGAGCCUGAUGUGCGGUAUAAAGUGUACUCUUAUGAGAACAGUGAAGAAGAGGCACAGCCGUCUGACUCGAAAAGCCCAGGCAUUUAUGCUACACCUAUAGACGCUAAUCAUUGCCCUGGCGCUGUUAUAUUUCUAUUCGAAUCGGUCUCCCUAAGUGGAGAAUCCACAUACAUGUUGCAUUGCGGUGACUUCAGGGUCUGCCCAAAGAUGGUAUCACAUCCUGCGCUACGGCCGUUCCAUAUCGAACAGGAGAACCCACUUAAGCUUGACAAGGUUUAUUUGGACACAACGUACAUGUCUGCAAAGUAUAACUUUCCAAAACAAGAGCUAAUAUGUUCAAGUGUUGGGUCGAUGUUCAGCGAUCUAGUUGCUAACGACAAGCUUUUCGCCGAAUGGUUCGGGACGUACUCGCAGAGCCGAAUCACCGAUUUCCUUUUCAAAGGAGCACAGAAGAAGAAAAAGAAGUUUCUUAUUCUAGUUGGAACGUACGUUAUUGGCAAAGAAAAGCUCGCAAUUGAGAUCCUGAGGCAGCUUGAUAAAUGCCCUAUUUACAUAUCCAACAUCAACAGUCGAGGCGACAAGAAGUCUAUCAUUGCUACCUAUGGUGACACUUUCCUCGACGAAGUCAUUACUGACGACGACUUAGGGACGCAUCCCAGCGCCAUUAUCCAUCUCGUGCCCAUGAAAAUCGUAGGCCAAGCACAAGAAAUGGCCAACUAUUUCAACCACAACGAGUACUUCAAGCACUUUGAACGGUGUGUUGGCCUACGGCCCACGGGCUGGACCUUUGACAGUAACGUUACAGACGAAAACUUCGUGGACGCCGAAGACGAAGUGCCCAUGGUGGAAGCGCAAGGCCAAUCGUUAGUAUCCACCGCCAGCGUUCUUUCGUCCGUCCCAGCAUAUUCAUACAAACAAGACGUCCUCCGCCAAAACCCACCCGACAAGAUCAUCAACAAGUACAAAAAAAUCGAUCUGUCCACCUGCAAAAUCUAUACCCUUCCCUACAGUGAGCAUCUGUCCUUCCGAGAACUCUCAUUCUUUGUGGUGUUCUUCGACAUUGGCGAAGUCAUCCCCACAGUCAAUGCCGAAAACGAAUGGACUCUCAAAAGAAUGCAAAGAAUUAUCCGCCAAUGGGAGAAAAUCAGAGACUUAAAACGCUCAGAUAAACCAGUCUAUGAACUUCCCCCAGGCAUGGUAGCGGCUGCGAAAAGACUCUCCCUCAGCCAACUCUGA